UGUAUUUACAUGGUGGUGGUGUACCUAUCGGCUUGGCUUUUCUUUUUCGUUGCAAUCCAAUGGCAGUCAAUAUUGGAUGCGUUCGCCAACUGUGAGCGUUCGUUUAUGCGGGAUCACUAUCGGCUGCAGAGCAGGGGCAGAUUCAACCUGGUGUGGAAGAUACGCUUUACAGGGUUUGCCAUCUUUGCUCUCGCCAUGGUGGAGGAUUGGUUGAAUUAUUAUUCGGCGUACCAGAGCAAUAUCGUGCAGAUAGCUACCUGCAAUCGGACCAACGUAACCGUCUGGCAAAAUUUCUACUUGCGCGAGCAUCCACACAUAUUCCACUGGCUUCCAUUCAAUUGGUUUACAAUUGCAGUUACGGAGGUAAGUAUGGCGGUUCUGCUAAAUUCUUACAACCUCACCACUUCUAACAGACUUAGUACUGAUGAUGAUCUUCGUCUGCAGUGGAUUAAUCGUUGUAUGCGAUACACUUGGACGUAUCUGGAUAUCUUCAUCAUCUCCUUCUGCUACGGUGCCCAGUUUCGGUACGAGCAGAUCUUUAGACGGUUGGUAGCUGUCCAGGGUUUAGCCUGUCCGACACCGUUUUGGCACGAGCUGCGCAUGGACUAUGUCGCCGUUUCGGAGCUGGUAAACGUACUGGACACUCGAUUCGGACACUUGAUUUUACUGGCCUGCGCUAAUGAUAUGUAUUUCAUCGCAACACAGCUUUUCAACGGGUUCCAACGUCGAAAAGCGAUUGCAAACUAUGUGUACUUUUGGUACUCGCUGUUGUUGCUUAUGUUUCGCACGAUCGUUAUGCUUUACGUAGGGUCGGGAGUGUACGUUGCAUCAACCAGCCCGCUUCAAUUGCUGAGGAAUGUUUCUUCCAAAAAUUGGGGCAUUGAUUUGCAACGACUUACGGAUGAAGUUUCCUCCGGAGAGAACGUACUAUCCGGGAAGCAGUUUUUCUUUCUCAAGCGUCAACUAAUUCUUGCGCUGUUUUCACUGUUUCCGCUAAGUGGGCUGUACGGACAAACGCUGCAAGACAUUCGGUUUCGUUGGUAUGGGCCGGGUACUAUCUACAGCUUUUACUUCCUUCUUUCGGGCCUGAUCACACUGACAGCGCACAUUUAUUAUAGCGUUAAUGUGGGGAACUUAGGAACGCCGGAAAUAAAUUUCUAUUCACUUGGUUGUGUUAAGUACCCACAAAGUGUCCUUAACUUUUCUGAUCAAAAUUUAUACCUCUCAGUGGAAGAUACUUUACAUGUUGCCUCGGUUUACUACACGAACCUUCAGUACUACAAACGCUGUGACAAUAGUACACCAUUCUGGACACUAUUCUAUGAGCGUGAACAUCCCAAGUUCUUCCAUUACCUGCCAUACAGCUUACCGGCGGUGUUGCUGCUCGAGCUAACGCACAAGAUAUUCCUGUACGUAUGGACGUUUAUGGAUUUGUUUAUAAUCUUUGUGGCACUUGGGUUGGCACGGCGGUACGAACAGUUUUAUCGUCAUGCAGUCCGCUACAAGGGACGUCACGUGAUGGGAACGAUCUGGCAGCAGUUGCGGCUGGAUUAUGGACGAAUUUCCAAUCUGGUCGCGUACAUGGAGAGCAUCAUGGCACCGAUCAUCAUCUGUACGACGGCCUCUGAUUUGUAUUUUAUUUUCUACCAGAUGUUUAACUCUUUUCAAUUUUCCGCCUCCCUACUAUCCGAGGUGUACUUUAAAUUUUCGCUAGCCUUCCUAAUAUUUCGCACGCUAGCAAUGUUGCUGAUCGCUUCUAACAUACACGUGACAUCGUUGAGACCGCUCGAUAUAUUACGCUCGACACCGAUGAGCUGCUGGACUAUAGAUGUGCAACGUUUUACGCAGGAACUGUUGACGAGUAAAAACUGUCUUUCGGGGUAUGGAUUUUUCUUCCUAAACCGUAGCGUUAUACUUGCGAUGGCAGGAACGUUAAUUACGUACGAGCUGGUCAUGCUGAAAGAAGUUCCAUCGGCGGAGAAGAGCGAUUUUUGUGAAGGUGGAAAAAGGCUUUAUUGAGCAAGCUACAUUAUCUGUGCAUUCACAAGCUUUUGAGAAAGAUAUUUACUUCAAUAAAAUUAGUUAGAAUAGGUGCUUAAGUGUUUAAAAGUAGAAAUGAUUUUUUUGUGCGUCUUUAUUAAAUUAGAAGCUAUAAUGAUUUUCUUUCGUGAGUGGGAAAAAAUAUUUACUAACAAUCUUCAAUAUAAUUCUUUUAUUGCUAAAAAUCGGUACAGUGUGUAGGGAUCAUGU